UCUCUUCAGCUGCUGGGCUCUCUUGCCGAACUCCGUGACGAACCAUGUGGCUGCUCCUGGUAUGCUUUGGAUCGAUAGGGGUUGAGGCCUUUACCACUUCGUCCUCUCUAGGGCUACGGGCUUCGUCUGCAUCAUUCGCAGCAACAGGACUCCCCGCUGGCGCGGUAGCAUCAAGGUCGACAUCAUGGCGCAACAAUAAGAUAAGGCCCCGGAUGGGUACCGAGUUUGAGGACGAAAACGCGAAGGAGAAGCUCAAGGCCAUGCUCAACCGGCAGUUCGGGAUCGGAGACACUUCGCGUCCGGACGAGUGGUGCAAGCCCACGGAUGUUCUUCAGACCGGGACGGUUUUGCUGGCGGACCCGAAAGCGUUCACCACUAGGAGUCAUCCAAAGAUGUUGGACAAGUUCGGGCUGGCGCAGCCGUUGCCAGGCAGCGAGCAAAUUCCACCCGACAGGGCCGCCGAUCUCUUGCCAGUUGUUCUGUUGGUCGGAAUCGACGCCGGACGGACAAUUGGCCUCAUGCUCAACCGAAGGACGGGGGUGCUGAUGGGAGACCUGGGAAAUGAUUUCACGUCGUUCAUGAUACAGCCGCUGUGGCUGGGAGGCACACAGGGUGAAAACGGGAUAACAUUCAUACACACGUACCCCGAGGUCGAAGGAGCGCAGGCAAUCUCAGAGGAAGAAGGGCUGUACUUCUCGGGUAACAUGGAGUCGGCCUCAAAGGUCGUCACCGAUGGUCCCGGGUCUGGAUUCAACUUUCGCUUCUUCGCCCAGAUUACCGUCUGGAAAGCUGGUGAGCUCGAAGCGGAGGUAGACCGAGGGCUCUGGCGUCCGGUAGUCGCCAGCAAGAUGGCGCUCCUGCGGGUCAGAGAUCGAAAGGGUCCCGACGUCGCCAAGCCCAUGUGGGCGGAUCUGUCACAGAUGGCCGGCGGCGAGUACCUCGCGGCGAUGGAAGAGUUCUACCGUCGAUGACGACACGUUUUUUCUUUGGUAUCACCGAACGCUGACAGGGCGACUGCUUCUGGGCGUGUUCUUACUAGCCGUCUUGGAUUUUUUGCGCUUUUUUGGCCUAUGUCGGUGGGUGCGGUGGUGGGCGCGACGCAGCGAGAGGGAACGCUGGUGGAUAGGAUGUCAAGCAGUGGGUUCACGGUGGUUUUUCUUCAGGGUGACGCAGGACCUGCAUCGCAACGUAUACCCGGGUCUGUCCGCCUUUGGCGAAAGGACAUGGCAGCUGGAGAGGACCUAUUGCCGCCGGCGACAAUCUCGCGCCAACACCAACGAACCUCUUCCACGAACGAGAUGUGCUCCGUGCAACGGCGAGAGGGAUAGCUGACGAGAGAGCGUGGGAAACACGGAUCGUGGCCGGUCUGGGGCAUUCUAGAGGCCGUAGUCCGUGCAGCAUGUCAUGUGACAGAGAUCGCGUCCAGAAAUGACGGGUCCUAAGCGCGAGUCGAUGGGCAGCAGAUGUAGCAGCUCUUCUUUGCGAGUUGAUGCACUAGUGUAUAUCAUGUUUCGGCAGGGCUUGUUGUUGGGGUCAGCUAUGAAAUGCUGGUGCACGCGACAGGUUGAAGCUGAUAGCCGUCUUGCCAUCAGGUGCGCAGACGUAUCUGACCGGUAAGACCUAGAUCGAUGUAUUUCCUGCCCCUGUUAUGACGGGGUGAGAGAGCCAAUAAUCCGAACACUAUCGUCAUGCAUGAGACACGAGUCCCGGAAAGGUACAGCCUACUCUCAUACGGCCUGCUGUAGUCCGCCGUCGUUAGGAUGUUGGCAGUUUGAGGCCGUCGUAGGGCGCGAGGGGCCUGGGGAGUCACCAGCGGUUGGUUGGUGGUAUCUGUCGUGUAGUGGAUGGUAUCCACACACACUUGAACUCCUUCAACGCGGAAAGGACAUACUGGUUCGAUCCGACGCUGGUUGUUGUUGACCUUUCGCAGCCCUGGAAUCGGAGCUGCAGGCAUUUCAGUGCAUAGCAGAUACAGGAUGGCUACCAGGAGCCUGCGGCGUUGAUGUUUACCUACUCUGGGUCCUCGAAAGCAAAGACAGGGUCCUUGAUUGG